AUGUAUAACAUCUUUGUGUACGGGACCCUUAAGAAGGGGCAGCCGAAUCAUCACGUCAUGACAGAUGCUAAUCUUGGAAACGCCAUUUAUAAAGGCACUGGGAAAACCAUAGAAAAAUAUCCUCUGGUGAUUGCACAGAGAGACAAUGUUCCAUUUUUGCUCCGUUUCCCAGGAAAAGGGUAUCAUAUUGCCGGAGAGAUCUAUUCUAUUGAUGACAAGAUGCUGAAAUUCCUUGAUGAGUUUGAAAGUUGCCCAGACAUGUACCAACGCAAUUUUGAGAGGAUUGAAAUAGUACAGUGGGAGGAUGCUUCUGAUUCACCAGACAGAGCAGAAGCUAACGGCAUCAUAGAGUGUUUUAUCUACAGCACCACAACCUACCAGCCAGAGUGGCUCAAUCUACCUUACCAUGAAUCCUAUGAUUCUUUUGGGAAUCAUGGCCUGGUCUUCAGUAACCGAUGA